GACCUGCGACACCUUCGGCUUUCAACAUCCCAGGUGCAGCGCAUGGGUUUGGCAGUGGACCUUCAUCUAUCGUCCCGAGAUCCCUCCAACGAAUCCGGCACUGAGCUGAGUGAAGCCACGGUGGUGUCUGGUGACGCUGGUGAAGUUUUCUGCCAGGUUCGCUAUCAGGUCUUGGGAGAGAAGAAUGAUGGUCCAUGCGUCCUUAUGCUGCAUGGCCUGCUGGUGAACGCAGACCAUUGGCGACAGAAUCUUCCGCCUUUGGCAGAGGCGGGGCUGAGGGUGUAUGCCUUGGACUUGUUGGGCAAUGGCUACACCGACAAGUUGGAUCCCGUCUCCCAGGAGGCGGCCAGCAUCAAUGGCGAAAGAAAUCGAGAUCUUCGAGACGUAGAGACCAACUUGGUCCUGGGACAAGGUGUGCGAAAGAAGGUCUUUGCGGCUCGGUAUGAAGGGAAGGUUGGCAAGAUUGAGCCGUUCCUCAAGGACAUCCUUUGGGAUCGGUGCCCGGCGCUAAGCGAGAUGAGUUUCGACGGUCCUAUCAAAGUAGAACUUUUGGAAGGUGACAUGCUGACAUCGAGAAUUAUUAUGGCCGUGGAUGAAACGACGCAUCCAGCUGCAUCGCCAGAGCUUUGCCUGCAAGCUGCCAUCGACCGGCCUGAGCAAAUUCAGGGAUUGCUGUUGGUCAACCCGCGAUUGGGCACUGGUCGGUUUCACGUGAAACUCUUGGAGCAUCUUCGAACGGUGGGCGGGCCGGUGAUUUCUGGCGUGCAGAGCAUCCUGCGGGUGGGGAAGCUGCUGUACGACCUGCUAAAGAGCGAGUCCUCGGUCACAGAGAUCCUGAAGGAACCGUACUACAACACCUCCCAGGUGACCUCAGAGUUGGUGCAAGUGCUGCGCGCCCCUCUGCUGCUGGAGGGCGCUUUGGAAUCGACCCUGGUGACUUGGACAGCUCGGGACUUUUGUCUGCUGGGGACAACGCGAUCCCUGGACGCCUUUGCCAAGAGUUCUGGGAUUGGAAGAAUUUUCGGCCGUGAAGAAACUCGUGGAGUUGUGAACGAUUUGAUCUUAGCAUUUGUACAGAACCUGUCA